GAAAAACAAACGAUAAAAACAAAUCAAAGCGUGAAGGAGAGAUCAGAAAAGAAGAAACAAAACUAGUAUGUCUACGACGACUUCAGAGGCUAGAUCGCCGUUACCGUUGCUGUUUAGAAAAGAAAGGGCUUCCACGGCGCCGUUAGGAACGUCGGAAGAGAGAUCUCCGUUAUCGUUACUGUUCAGAAGAAGGUCAAGCAAAGAUGUGAAGAACAUAACGUCGGUUUCAAGCAGUCUCUUGCCUGCGUUUGGGACAGUCAUCGAGGAGAAUCCUUCUUCAAAACCUUUCAUCGUUCUUCCUUAUGAUCGUCGUUACAGGUUGUGGGAAUUAUUUUUGGUGGUCUUGGUGGGGUACUCGGCGUGGGCAUCUCUCUUCGAGUUGGCUUUUGAGAAAGCUGCUGAUGGAGCUUUUCCGACCAUUGAUGUGGUCGUUGACUUUUUCUUCGCCGUCGAUAUCGUCCUCACUUUUUUUGUUGCCUACUUGGAUACCUCUACUUACCUCAUCGUCGACGACUACAAUCUCAUCGCCAGACGGUACUUGAAGAGCUUGGCUUUUGUGAUGGACGUGGUAUCAACGUUACCGAUUCAGUUCGUAUAUAAAACUAUUACCGGAGACAGCGCUCGAGGCCAAGCUUUCGGCUUCCUUAACUUGCUCCGCCUCUGGCGUCUCCGACGUGUUGCCGAACUCUUUAAAAGACUAGAGAAAGACACACUUUUCAACUACUUCGUAAUCAGAGUCAUUAAGCUUCUCUGCGUAACGAUAUUUUGGGUACACAUUGGGGGUUGCAUCUUAUUCUGGAUAGCCUACCAUUAUCCAACGCCUACAGAUACAUGGAUAGGAUCACAGAUUGAUGAUUUCAAGAACAGAAGCAUAUGGCUAGGCUACACUUACUCAAUGUACUGGUCCAUUGUCACACUCACCACCGUGGGUUAUGGCGAUUUGCAUGCGGUUAAUACACGUGAGAAGACGUUCAACAUGUUCUACAUGCUUUUCAACAUUGGUCUCACCGCUUAUAUCAUCGGUAACAUGACCAAUCUUGUUGUCCAUGGCGCUCUUCGUACUUUCACCAUGAGAAGUGCAAUCAAUCAUAUAUUGCGCUACACAAGCAAGAAUGAGUUGCCGGAUAUGAUGAGGGAGCAGAUGCUUGCACAUAUGCAGCUCAAGUUCAAGACCGCAGAGUUGAAGCAAGAAGAGGUUCUACAAGACUUACCUAAAGCCAUAAGAUCAAGCAUCAACGAGCAUUUGUUCCGAUCCGUCAUUGAGAAUGCUUAUCUUUUUAAAGGAUUACCUGAUGGGCUCAUCGUUCAGCUGGUUUCUCACAUAAAAGCAGAGUAUUUCCCACCAAAAAUGGAGAUUAUAUUGCAGAAUGAGAUUCCAACGGAUUUCUACAUACUUGUAUCUGGAGGAGUGGAGAUAAUUAGAUCCAAGGGUGCAAGUGAACAGGUAUUGGCGAAGUUCGGACCAGGGCAUAUGGCAGGAGAGAUUGGAGUUGUCUUCAACAUUCCUCAGCCUUUCACUGUGAGGACAAGGAGGCUUUCUCAGGUUAUUCGAGUCAGUCAUCAUAAGUUCAAAGAAAUGGUUCAAUCUGACAUCGACGACUCCAAACUGAUCAUCACCAAUUUCAUGACUUAUCUCAAGGGUUUAGAUGAUGAGCUGAAGAAAGAAAUCCCUUUUCUUAGAGAUUUAUUAGCUAAUGCAGAUGCUCAGGAAACGGUUCAUACAGAGCAAGCCCAAGAAAGUAACAAUGAGGAGAUAGUUAUGGUCACAAGAGAUGAAAAUGAAAAGAAAGAAGAGCAUAAAAGAGGAGGAGCUCCCAUAAGAUUGAUUAUCCAUGGACAUCCUCCUCCUAAUCAAGAUAACAACAGCAAUGGUGAUGAUUCCAGUGGUAGACUUGUCAUGUUGCCUGAUUCUAUCCAGCUUUUAUUCGACUUAGCUGAAAAGAAGUUCGGGAGACGAGGAAGCACGAUUGUGAUGGCAGAUGGUGCACAUGUUGAACAGCUUGAUGUUCUCCGAGAAAACGACAACUUAUAUAUUUUCUAACUAAAUAAAUAACAAAUAUAUCACGUACAAUUCUCACUUCCCACAUACAUCUAGAAAAUUAAUAGAUUUGUCAACUUUCAUAUAUAUAAAAACAAAUAAUUUCAGAUAUAUGAAAAUAAAAGGUGAAGACUGAAUGUCCAGUUCAGUUACUAAUCUAUUGUUAUGAACUUUCUGCUUUUCUUUUUGAUGUCUUGUACUCAAAAUUAUCUGUAUGCAGCAAAGUUUAUAUGAACAUAUUUGUCUUACUAGACUUUUGUGAAAUCUCUUUUUUUCUGAUCUACUGAGAAAUCUCUCUCCCUUGCCUUUGGUCCAUACAUAUCUCUUUUCCUACUUAAUGAAAUUAACGUUUGUCCUUUAUAUUUCUUUUUACAAAUGAUAAAUUCUCUCAAAACUUAUUUAUUGAUCAAAACAAUUUCAAAUGCGCUGCACUGUAUAUUUAGUUUUAUUUUGUCCCUUUGACAACAUCCAAUAACUAAAAAGAAAACCUUAGUUCGAGCUUAAAUAAAA